AUGAGUAGUGUAGUCCUUAGGGGUGAUGGUCAUCUCCCCCCAAGGGAAGUGAAAAGUGUUGGUGGUAUCCCACCACCACUCCAGAAGCAGGCGUACGAACCGCCUAGACACGUUAGGGCCUACGACCUCCCUAAAGAUGCAUACCCUCGGGUACAAAGGACACGUCUCCACCGCUGCACGAGUCCGACCGUCCAGCUUCCCCAGGCGCUCGACGAAGACCGACCCGCUGUAAGGUCGACAAGCUGUAUCUGCCCCAGCCUUACCGUCAUGAAAUCGGGACACCACGUGAUGCUCCAAGUCGUGGUGCAAGUCAAUCCCAUCAUUCUCUAUGGGGGCCAACCAAAGAGGCCCAUCCUCAGGGUCGGAACCCCUCUAGACUCCAAAGGAGGAGACGAAGAGGCAUCUCUCAUCCUCCGAGAGCGCCGCGCAAUUUCCGAACCCAAAAACUCAACUUCGACAAUAUUAUCUCAAAAACUCCCCCCUGUUCCUGGAAAAUACAUUAACAUACCAAUGUAUGAGAAACAUCUCCAUCAAAACCUCGACAUAAAUGGCGGAUCGUGGGUCGAUUCCAUGCGGGCUUCGUCCCCUACCCACGUCAAAUCCACCACGUCUCUCACUCCUUCUGCCUUGUCACUAGAAAUGCCAUCCGCUCUGGACAUGUUCAAGCACAUAAUCAACUCAUCUAAGGGAAAACAAAUUGUCAUGUUUUUGGAUUACGAUGGCACUCUUUCUCCAAUUGUCGACGACCCCGACCGUGCUUUUAUGUCCGACGCUAUGAGAGAUACAGUAAGAAGAUUGGCUAAACAUUUCCCAACCGCGAUUGUGAGUGGGAGGAGCCUAGACAAAGUCUACAACUUUGUCCAAUUGCCCAAGCUGUAUUAUGCUGGAAGCCACGGUAUGGACAUCAAAAGCCCUGCUAAUAAAUGCUUCAAAUUUCCCAAGAAAAGUCAAGAAGUCGUAUUUCAACCAGCUAGUGAAUUCAUCCCUAUGAUUGAACAGGUUUAUAAAACGCUUUCGGAGAAAACAAAAAACAUACUCGGAGCUAGUGUGGAGCACAACAAGUUUUGUUUGUCUGUGCAUUAUCGUCUUGUUGAUGAAAAUAAAUGGAAUGAAUUAGCUCAGGAAGUAAGGUCAGUCCUCGAGGAAUACCCAGAACUCCAACUAGCUCAGGGUCGCAAGGUGUUUGAAAUCCGACCAGCUAUUAAAUGGGACAAGGGAAAGGCAUUAGAAUUUAUUUUGGAAUCACUUGGAUUGGCUAAUCGCAAAGAUGUUUUCCCAGUUUAUAUUGGUGAUGAUCGUACGGAUGAGGAUGCAUUUAAGGUUUUGAGAUACAGAGAACAAGGUUGUGGCAUACUUGUAUCCAAGAUUGCCAAGGAAACAAACGCGUCUUACUAUUUACAGGAACCACCCGAGGUAAUGAGCUUUCUACAACGCUUGGUGAAAUGGAGGCGUGAGUCAUUAAAGAGGUGGUUUUAAGUUUAUGAACAUUAUAAUUCAUGCGGAAAAACCAUAAAGCCAGGAAUCCAAAUAAAUUUCCACAUAGUCAAUUAUCAUAAUUCAGUAUACAUAAUAUGUGAUGCGUGCCUUCCCUAGCUGCUCACGAACCGAACAAGAACAAGUAAAGAGCUCCAAAUGUUGCCCCUCCGUAGAUAGUCCACAGCACGUUCGGAUCCGCUUUAGGUUCAACCAACUAUGCUAUUCUCUAAGGUUUUAUGCA